ACAUAUUUUUUUCCUGGCAGCUGUUGGACAACUGCCUGCGACGGGAUGAACUGACGCUGCACGGAUCUCGUCUCGUCUCAGAGAGGAACCGGAUCCCACCCCCACCCCAACCCCACGUCGCCAACCCUGCGGACACGCCACCUCUCAGUUCAGCUGCAUAGGCAGCAGCCGUCGCGGGAAUCUUGGAGGAGAAGCAGCCGAGAGGAGGAGGAGCCGGGGAAGCGGUGGUCUCCGCCAUGUCGAGCUCGUCUUCCGACCCGGAGAAGCUCAUGGCCAAGGCCGACAAAUUAACAAAACUGAGCUUUACAAGGUGGAAUGCAGAUUGGAAGAGUGCUACCGCCUUGUAUGAACAAGCUGCAAUUGCUUAUAAGUUCAGAAAGGACAAUGAGAAAGCAAAGGAUGCAUUUGAGAAAGCUUCAAAAGGACAAGAAAUGAUCUCUUCGCCCUGGGAUGCUGCUAAGCAUAUGGAAUCAGCUGCUGCUUUAGCAAAAGAGCUUGGACUUUGGAAUGAAGUUUCUGACUUCUAUCGCAGAGCAUCAGAAUUUUAUCGUGAAUGUGGAAGAUCGCAACCUGCCUCUGAUGCUCUUGCAAAGGGUGCCAGUGCCUUGGAGGAUAAAGCUCCAGAAGAAGCAAUUAAACUGUAUGAUGAUGCUUGCGUGCUUCUAGAAGAUGAUGGAAAGGAGCAGAUGGCUUUUGACUUAUACCGUGCUGCUGCCAGUUUAUAUGUGAAGCUUGAGAAGUACUCGGAUGCCGCUGCAUUCCAUUUAAGACUUGGUUCAGCUGCUGAUAAGAGCAAUGCCGUCAACAGCCAAUGCAAGGCUUAUCUGAGUGCAAUCAUUAUCUACCUUUAUGCCCAUGAUUUUCAACAAGCUCAGAAAUGCUACAAUGAUUGCUCAGAGGUCCAAGGCUUCCUAAACAGUGAGCAGAACCGAUGUGCAAUGAAACUGUUGGCUGCUUAUGAGGAAGGCGAUGCUGAAGAAAUCAAGCGUGCUGCUCAAUCAAGUACCAUCAAUCACCUAGACCAUGUGGUAAUUCGGCUUGCAAGGAAAUUGCCAACAGGUGAUCUGCAGGCCAUCAAAAGAGACCUACCAGGCGGUGACGGUGAUGACUUGGACGAGGAUGACCUAACUUGAGCCCAAAACUGCCCGGCAAGACGCAGAGAAAGCAACGAAUUGAGUCACUCAGAAACACACAAUUGAUGAACAGGAAAGAUUGUAAAGAUACACUCUGAAUCACAUAGAAAACUUGUAGGCUGCAUCUGUAUCAUGUUGUUUCCCUUGAUCGUUGUUUUGGAUCUUUGCACAUACACCCUACGUCUGUACUGCACGUUUGAUGUGGUUGAGAUGUUAUUAGUUGGUUUGAUUA